AUGUCUCAAGUGGUGGGGAAAGAUGGUAUUGUUAAUAUUUUAAAUAAUAAUGAACAAAUUAAAUCAUCACUAACAACAAAUAAUCUAAUAACUAAUAAUAAUAUUAACAAUAAUAAUAAUAAUAAUAAUAAUAAUAAUAAUAAUAAUAAUAAUAAUAAUAAUUGCAGAAUUAAGAUUCCAAGUUUGUUGAGUAAAAAACCCCCAAUUUUGAAACCAACAAUUAUAAAUCCUUUACGUCAAAAUAAAACCAUUUUAUCACCAACAAUCCCAACCAACUCACAAAUAACUAUAAAUUCUUCAGAAACUAUUUUAUCAUCGCAACCAAAAAAUCCUAUACCAAUCGCUUCACCCCUUCUAGUAAACAAUUCUCCAAAUAAAACAUCACCAACAACCAAUUCCACUUAUUCAAUACGUUUAUCACUCCCAAAGAAGCCAUCACCAAAACCUCAACCCAAUAAUAAUAAUAAUAAUAAUAAUAAUAAUAAUAAUAAUAAUAAUAAUAAUAAUAAUAAUAAUAAUAAUAAUAAUAAUAAUAAUAAUAAUAAUAAUAAUAAUAGUAUUAAUAAUAAUAGUAUAAAUUGUAAUAUAGCUAAUCAAAGUGAUGUGAAUAAAAUAAAUCCUUCAAAUAAUAUUAAUAAUCAAUGUUCAAUAUCAAACACUUUAAAAAAUAACUCAACACAUCUUCCUUCAAUUUUAUUAAAAACUAAAAAAGUACAACCUACAAAUCAAAUACCAUUAUCAAUAAAUUCAAAUGUAAAUACAACAGAAAAAAGAAAUUUUGAUGAUAUUGAUAUUAAAAAUUUAAAUGAACCUCCGACCACACAAAAUACAAAAACCAUUGUGACACAGCAAAAACAACAGCAACAAAAUAAUAACAAUAGCAUUAAUAAUAAUAAUAAUAGUAUUAAUAAACCAGGUAAUAAUGUAAAUAAAAGACAAAGAAAAGGUGAAAAAAGUGGAAAAGAUGAAAAGGAAAAUCAAGAUGAUUUUAUAAAGAGAGAGAAUAAACCAAUCUACAAACAAACAGAACCUUUGGGAUUCACUGUGGUUGAUAAUUUCCAUAAUUUCAAAGAGGAAUUUUGUAUUAUUAAAUCAAAUAUUAAAUUAAUUGUUUGGGGUGUUUUAUUCGAUGAUGGAGGAACAAAUAUAAGACCACCCUCAGAUUCAAAAAAGGAUACACCUUCAAAUACUGUUCAAUCAUAUACAUUAUCUUUAUUAUUACUAAAAAAUUGUGAUGAAUUUAAUUAUAAUUCACAAUCAUUUACACUUGAUAAUGAAAAACAACAACAACAGCAACAGCAACAACAGCAAAAAUAUUCAAUUUCAAAUAAAUAUAUUUUUAAAAUUGAAAAAGAUUAUGAUGAUAGCUAUGGCAAUGAUAGUGAAAAUAAUAAUAAUAAUAAUAAUAAUAAUAAUAAUAAUAAUAAUAAUAAUAAUAAUAAUAAUAAUAAUAAUAAUAAUAAUAAUAAUAAUAGCGAAAAUAAAGAGAAAUUAAAAUUCAUGAAAGAGAUUAUUGAAGAUGAUUCAAUUUUAAAGAUUAUUUAUAAUUGUAAAGAUUCUAUUAAAUCAUUAAUAAAAUCAUUUCAAUGGUUAGAGUUAAAGAAUUGUUGGGAUCCAAUGAUUGGUGCUUGGUUGUAUGAAAGUAAUUGUAAAUUAUUGAAUAUGUAUCAAUUGGACUCCAUCUUAAAUUUUAUUAAAUUAAAGAAAACUCGUUCAAAUGAACAACAGCAAAAGUUAACAAGUUUAGAUAGAUAUCCUAAUGAUUGUUUAACAUUAUUAGAGGUAUAUACAAUUUUAACAAGAUUAAUAGAUGAUGAAAAUUUAAAUAUACCAUUUUCAAAUGAAAUGAAAGUGUUAGUAAUUUUAUCUAGUAUGUAUAAAUAA